UCGUUUUUGUCUACGCUUUCGUAGGUUGUUUAUUUGAAGUAUUGAGAGAUUUUUAAGUGAAAAGUAAAAUCCUAUACAUAUGUUUUGAACUUGGGUUGCUAUUACAAUAAAAAUAUUGUAUUACUGUAUGUUUUUGUUGAAGUUUGUUCUUUAACAUGUUUACAGCCGGCAAAAUCCGCAUUCUGUUUUAUCAGUUCAGCCUGAAUCGCAGGGAAAACUCCUGACUUCUAAUUCAGAAAAUGAAUUGGAGUGAUGAUUUCUUUCCAGGUUAUUAAUGGUUAGUUAAAUAAACGUGGGAAAGUGAUUACUUCAAAAGAGAAGUAGCCGUUUCCUGAGCAAUGGAAGACUUCUGUAUUGCAAGUUAAGCGCACUGGGACGUCAGCGGGAUGGACGGCGGAAGCCUCGCGACCGGCCACGAGGCUGGGCUGCCGCUUGACCUGGCCGUGUUCGGCAGCGCGCCUCAGGACCUGACCGUCUUCGGCAGCGCUCCCCAGGACCUGACCGUGUCGGUGCACGUCUUGGAGGACGCAGUCCGUCCGCAGGGGCUACCUGGGCCUUCCCCCGACCCCCGCCUGCCGGUCGCCUGCGAGGAACUCUGCGCGGGGGAGCGUGGGGACGAGAAGCGGGACGGGGGCGAUGCAGCGGCUCUUCAGCUGACCUCUCGGGAGGCCGCCCGCGUGCAGGACCUGCUGCUGAGGCUGCCGGCGCUGGGCGCGUGGUUCGACGUGGAGCGCAAGGUGGGCGAGGGCACCUUCAGCUCCGUGUACCUGGCCACGCUGAGGUGCGCCCCCGAGGGCGGCCGCCGCCGCCAGUUCGCCGUCAAGCACCUGGUGCCCACCUGCCUGCCGUCCCGCACCGAGAAGGAGCUCCAGUGCAUGCAGGAGAUAGGUGGCAAGGACAAUGUGGUCAGCGUUGACCUGUGUCUGCGCAACGGGGAUUGCAUUGUCUUCGUGAUGCCGUACCUGCCUCACCAGAAGUUUGCCAGCUACGUGCUGGACCUGGGCGUGUCGGAGGUGCGGAGUUACAUGAGGAACCUGAUGCUUGCCCUGUGCCGGGUCCACUCCUUCAACGUCAUCCACCGGGACAUCAAGCCCAGCAACUUCCUGUACGACCGCGCCAGCAACAAGUUCUUGCUGGUUGACUUCGGCCUGGCACAGUGUCUCAACCCGGACGGCCCGCGGAGGGCCAGCGUGAACGUGCCUCUCAUCCCGAGAACUCCAAAAAAGAGGAAACGCACUGACGAAGAGGUGAAUGAGGGCGACGCGGCUUCGUGCACGCAGCAGCACGUGGCGAAGAGGCCGGCGCUGCAGCCGCGCGUCUCCGACGCCAACGUCGCGGACGGCAAGCCGGGCCUCCCGCGCGGCUACAAGUCCCCGCCUGCCAAUACCCGGCUCCCGCUGGGCACGGAAAACACCCCGCCGCGCAAGCACGGCGCGCCGUCCGCCUUCAAGUCCCCCCUGAAGCAGGUGCGACAGAGCCACGACAGCCGCAGCGGCAUCAAGAAGAAGCUGUUCGGCGGCGGCGGCAGGGCGGGGGACGGCCCCUCGCCGAGGCAGGCGUUCAGGAGCGCGCUGUCGCAGAGCGCGUGCAACAUCCGGGAGCUGUCCCGCUUCCAGGCCCUCACCUCGGACAACCCACGGCUGGGCCCCAGCUACGUCAGGGUCCAGAACUCCCAGGUGAAGAGCCACCGGCCCGUAGCAUCCUCCAACACGCCCCUGCAGCCGUUCCUGUUCGGGAAGGCCGCUCCCCCGGCGAAGGACGGGACGUGCGACUGCUACGGCCGCCCCAUGGUCUGCUCCGCCUGCCGCCACAAGAAGCCCAUGGUGGCCCCGCGGGCGGGCACUCCCGGGUUCCGGCCCCCGGAGGUGCUGCUCAAGUGCCAUCGCCAGACCACUGCCGUAGACAUGUGGGGAGCCGGUGUGAUCCUUCUCUGCAUCCUGAGUGGCUGCUACCCGUUCUUCCGUGCACCUGACGACCUGACGGCACUCGCAGAGAUAAUGACCAUCUUUGGCUCUGAGAAAAUAAAGCAAGUGGCUCGUAAAUUGGGGCGUCGCGUCCAGUGCAGCCAGGAGAAGAAGCCCCUGGACGUGCGGAAGCUGUGCGAGCGUCUGCGCCGGCGCCGCCGGGGGGACUGCGCCCCCGGCCGGGGCCCCGCCUGCCCCGACUGCAAGCAGACGGUGCAGGACGACGGGUGCCUGUGCCUGGGGGCGGGGCCCCCCGGGGCCGGCUCCCCGCUCGACGCCGCGUUCCCCGGCUCGGCCUACGACCUGCUGUCCCGCCUGCUGGACUGCAACCCCGACACCCGGAUCUCCGCGGCCGAGGCGUUGCAGCACCCCUUCCUCGUCGCUCCGUGACAUUCCCCUUCGUGUCUGCAGACCUGUCUGGCAAAGUGGCUCUCUCCCGUACUAACAUUCCAACAUUCAGACAGUUUCUAAAACCAGGUGUGCUUCACUUUUGAGCUCCCGGCACAUUGUGAUAUUUACCUUCAGAUAAGUUUAGGCUGUUCAUUGAGCAAACCUUUUUUAAUGGGUUUAAUUAUGUGUUGGUUUCAGCUCUAAGGAUGUACAAAUUCAUCCAACGAUAUUGUUUUACUAUUCUGUAAAAAUAUUGUUACAUAUUCAACACUAAACUAAAACUUUUAAAAGAUACCAUACACAAUUUUAUUUAUUUAUUCAUAAAAAUUUUUUUAAGUUGCUGUGUCAUUUUAGUGCGAAGAAUGUGCCACUUUAUUUUGACAGUGUACUCGUCUGCUUUCUUAUUGUUUACGUUCCCUGUUGUUGAGCGAAGUGGUUUUACAGCUAGAUGCCCCACUUGUCGGGGCGCAUCAGUGCCUGACUCACGGUGCCACGCGUCCCGGGGCAGCUGACACUAGCAGGCUAGCUCACGAUUCCAGGAUCUCAGUUCAUUGUGCUGUGCUUCUAAUGAACAUGUUGAACACUCGCCCAAACAAAUUUUUCUAGUCUAUUUUAAAAAAAAAUUUGCUGAAUCGUUUCAUGGUUGUGAUUUCCUAUACUUUUAAUUGUGUUUUGCAUCAUAUUGUUCAUUAAUUGAAAUUAAUAUCUUUAAGUACUUUCGUAGGUAUGCAUUUUUUCAAAAAUUCAGAAGAAAUAUUUAGGUUUGUCAGGUUAUCCACUGGUAGUAUUUUCUGACCUGUAACGUUACGUUACGUUUCAUAACCUGGCAUGAUCGUCUAUGUUUAUUCUAUCAGAACACAUCUUAGCUGUACUUGAAUACAUACACCGGCAAUAUUCUUUGUGUGAUACUGAUAAAACUAUGAUUACUACGUACUGUACAAUUUUUAGUUAGCAGGAACACAAUUUUAACUUUUUAAAAAAUUUCAUAACCUAUUCAUCUCUGCACCUUGGCAGUGAACUGACAGUGGUUUUUUUUUCAUGUCCAUUCCAACACUGCUUCGUACACAAACUGUAGCAUUCUGGCAGAGUCGUGCCACGAACAUUUUUUGUAAAUCCUCUUGUUUCUUGUAUUACAUACAUGACAGUAUAGCCUUUACAAUGUUGUAAGUUCGGGGAAGUGCCAGAAAAUUUUGGGGCAACUUGACUUUGAAUC